UUUCUCUAUUGAACGGCCGGCAGCCACCGGCGAACAGAGGAGUCGCGGCGAAUCGCGGCCAGUACGAGCGAAGGCAACUAGUGGAGAGCGGCAACUCCGAACGCACGAACCGCCAGCGAAACACCGUUUUCUCUUCGCUUUUUUUCUUUUCGCCGGUUGACGCCGGUGUCGAUGCGUUGCGCCGACAUCGGAUCGAAAGCGAUUUCGAGUAGUUUAACUUUACUUCGUUAAAAACGCUGCAAACGCGCGGACAAUCGGGCAAAUCAAUGCAGUACAAGUACAAAACGGGCCAGUGCGAUUUGUUUAAUCGGAGAUUGAAUUGAUUUCGAAUUUCACAUUCGCUGCUGAUUAAAAAUAAUCUGGAACCUGCCAAAAAUAAAUCGCUAAAAACAAUAUAAUAAUUAAAAUCAAAAUUAAAAAUAUGAAUAUGGAAACGUCCACUGCAACUUUUUGUUAAACUUGAUGAUGAUUAAGUUGCGAAUUAUUGAAGUAUAUUUUGAGAAAAUUCAAUAAUUAUGUGAAUGAAGUAUUAAAUCAUUUAGAUAGUAAGUUUAAACAAAUAUCAAAAUUUAUUGAAGAAAGAAUUAUUGGUGCGAGCAUCAGGAGCCAACAAAUAUUUACUAAAUUAAUUCCUAGCCAAUCUAAAAAAGAAAGAAAACAAUUGUUUCGCCGAUAAAUUGUUUGCCUUAACAUUAACUAGUAACAAAUUGAAUCUAUUUACUUAUAAAAUUGAAUUAUGAACGAGAGUAACACGCGCGUUUGAGAAAUAUAAAAUCGGCGCAAGAGCGAUUUUGGAUCUGUGGAACAAGUUCAAGGCCCCCCGUGAUACACAAUACAACACAAUAUGUUCGUCCAGAGCGACUUUUCCAAGACGAACAAUAAUAACGGACAUGGCCAUCAUCAUCAUCCGCAUCAUCGGGCGAUCGACAUUGUCGCGCCGUCGAAUCACAACCGCCAUCCGCUCAACCACCAUCAGAACAAUCAGUCGGAUGACUUGUUCAAAGAUCUCGAUCUGAUAUCGCGCUUCUGCAUGCCGAUCUGCUCGCGUGAUAAUGAUGUGCGCGAAGGCGCACUCGAAGCAAUCGCGAAGACGGUGGAGGGAUGGCUGGAUGGUGUUGGUAGUCCGAAGCAUUAUCGGCUGGCGCAAACCGCCGACCGUCGCCGGUUGUUUACACCGAUGGUGGCCGGGAUGAACGGUGGCGGUGGUGGCUGUGGCGGCUCGAAUGGCAGCAAUGCUUGCGUUUGCUCCGAUAUCGCCGGCAAUGCGAUGCUGGAUGUGCCGCCCGAGUAUCUCGAUUUGAUUGCACUUCAUUUGCCCAUUAUUUUACGCCUGUCAAUCAGUUGUCCGUUCAUCAAUGUGAGGGAUAAAUGUCAACAUAUCUUGGAUAUUGUACAGAGCCGAGGAUUGCCUAUUCCGUAUCCUGUAAUAUAUGGACCAUGUGCUUUCGUGGACCCAGAUGAGCUGCCUCCCCUGGGAACCUACAAUGAAAAGACACACACGCUGUUCGUCGAGGCGUUCUUGCAAAACAAUCGACUGGAUCAUGUGAGCCAGGUGAUGGGCUACCAUCCCACGUACUUGGAGAACUUUCUGAAAACACAAAACUUCAUACUACGUGGCGACGGCCCUCUGCCUUACGAUUAUAGGCAUUACAUCGCGAUUAUGGCGGCUGGACGCCAUCAGUGCAGCUAUCUUAUAUCUCUACAGAAGCAGGAGUUCCUUCUUCAGGGCGGCGAUUUGAAGUGGUUGAAUGGUCUCAACUGCAUUCCUCAAAAAUUGAGAAAUUUGUACGAUAUCAAUAAGAUAUUAGCGCAUAGACCUUGGCUGUUAAACAAGUCUCACAUUGAGAAAUUGACGAAAGGAAAGGAUAGUUGGUCGUUGGCCGAGGUGGUACACGCCAUCGUGAUAUUGACUCACUUCCAUAGUCUUUGUUCCUUUGUCUUCUCUUGCGGUGUGAAUCAGGAACUGGAUCAAGCGGGUGGCUACAAAUAUCCUGAGAUGGCCGCGAUGAGCACUACAAAUACAAAUAUCAGUAAGAAGAGUGAUCCCAAAGAUAUACCAAUACUAAAUGAUACUAGACCGCCAGAUGGGAAAGUUUCGCCAAAUCCAUCACCUCCUUCCCCGACGGAGCGCGAAGUUGAUAUCUUGACUUUAUUGCGCCGAAUGAAGACUAUUUCGGAGCAAACAGAGGAGUGCACUCCGGGGGAGUUGGCCAAGCGAUUUGAGAACGUGGAAACGCAAUCGGCUGAAUUGGGAGCUGUUGGCCCUGAACCGCAGGACACACCCGCUGAUGUGGGCAUUUUCGUUGACGACGCAGUUUUCAUUUACGAAGAUUUUGCUCGAAGGGGCGAGCAUCAAUCGAUUUCAACAUUUAGAGUUCAAGAUUAUUCUUGGGACGAUCAUGCUUAUUCAUUAGUUAACAGAUUAUACAAUGAUGUGGGCAAUUUGUUGGACGACAAGUUCAAGACCGCGUACCAUCUUACAUAUUACACUAUGGGCGGGCGUAAGGACGUUGAUACAUCGCGUUUUCGGUUUGCCAUAUGGAAUUACAUUCAGUGUCUUCUGGGUAUUCGUCACGACGACUACGAUUACGGCGAGAUCAAUCAAUUGUUGGAGCGUUCGUUGAAAACAUUUAUCAAGAGCGCUUGCUGCUAUCCAGAGCGCGUCACCAAGAAGGAUUACGAUCGAGUACUCAGAGAGUUUCAACACAGUGAAAAGGUGCACGUAAAUCUGAUGGUGUUGGAGGCUCGAAUGCAAGCUGAGUUGCUCUAUGCGCUGAGGACCGUCAAUCGGUACAUGACAAAUUGAGCCAGUUGUUCGACAAGUCACUACAAACCAAUCGCAUCUUUCAAAUCCUGUAAGUCCGCAACUUAAUGUUGUGCUUGUCGUCCGGAUUUUCAGUUGCACUGCAACUAAUAUUCAACUGAAAUCCGCAUCUACAUCAUAUAUUCUAACAAAUGUACGACCAACGCAUCAACAGUUUCACCGGCUUUGCGCACCACUCGAAAACAUAAUCAAAGUAAGUUGCGUUUUAUUUUUGUUGUUUGUUGUGCUCUGGCAACCUUUGAAAGUGUAAUUUCGUAAAUUUGGAGAGGAGUGUAAACAAUGCCAAGCACAAUGACUUAUGUAAUUGAUUUACAUUUUAAGCGGUCAAAGUUUUCCAAUACCUAAGUAAAUGAUAUAUUUCUUCAAAUUUUUAUAUUGGGUCAAUGCUAUCAAGCCCUCAUGACGAAGUGCAAAUGCAAUUAGUCAAAUGUGCAUUCAUCGAUUUACGAAACGUAUCACAGUAUACAUACUGGGUAUUUGCGGUGAUCUUAUCGCCUUUGUGUUGAUGAAUACCCAGUGCGCAUCCAAAAUGUAAUUAUCAGUAGACUUUUGACGUAAUUUCAGAAAUUAAACAAGAUUACAUACAACUGAAUAACGAAACAAAUAUAACUGACCACGUUUUUGUAUAUAUUAUAAAUAUAAACAAUAUAAAGUAAUGCUAAUUAAUGAAUAGUAAUAUAUUGUAUAAAAAUGAAGGAAAAGAUAACGAAAAUUAAACAAAAAAUAUUUAUAUGAACGAUUUUGGCCAUUUUGUAUUAGACGAUGCGAAUGAUUGGAAGGGUGCCUUUACAAAUGAUCAAAGUGCUCUCGUGAUAAAAUCUCUCACACACAUUAAAACAAACAUGCGUCAAACAAACAAUGUUUCAAUUUGAGACGGGGUGAAGUGUCGAAAAGGAUUCAGUCAAUUUAUCUUGGUUUUUGUAUCGGUCUUAUCCAAUAUGCUAAGUAAUUGCAAGUACAACAACGACAUAUACUGACAUAACUCCAAUUUGGUGUUAAAUAAUGUGCCCGAUUUGUUUUAUAUCAAACAUUGCCACAAUACGAGGUUGAUUCGGUUUCAUUUCGGCAUUAGAGAAGGUUAUUGUAAAUAUAUACAAAAAAUAUAUAUUCUAUCGAGUUAGGAAUAAACAACCAGGUUGUCGAUAGUUGAAGGCCAGCACAAAUUGGACGCGUUCGUCGGAUUUAGAUAAGAUAUAUGUUUAUUGAAUACAGCCAGAACUUUGCACAUGCAAGAUACGGUAGAGUGUAUAAUUCCGAAACUGAAUACUUACUGAUUCGCGCUAAAACGACACCUUCAAUCUGCAAACCCGCGAAUGAUGUGGAAGUUUUUAAUAAUAUUUAUUUAACGAUAUCAUUAAUGUAUUGUACUACGAAAUAACAAAUAUUUGAAUGGGAGUAUAAUGAUGAGGCUUGAUUAUGAAAAUUAUUAAUACAAAUAUCUCCAUUCUUUUGUAUACUGUAUCACUUCCAAACUUUUGACUGAUAUUCUGGAAGGAUACGCAUAUUCAUCAAAUUUGAGGGUUUCGUUAUGACAAAUGACAAAAAGUGUAAUCAAACAGACCUUGUUCUUCAGAGGAGGAAUGCGUAACUAUAAGUCACAUCAUUGCGAAAAUAUUUUUGGUACAAUGUUUUAUUUUUAAUUAAAAAUGCUUUUAUUAUUAAAUGCAGACAUCAAACUGCACAUUGGAGAGAAAAAUAUCUAUGUUGGUAGUGUUUAAACCGAGAUGUUUAUUGGAAGCAAAGAUACAAAAUAGGUAGGGUAAGAAAACACAUCAUAAUACUAUAAUAACGCGUAGAUUUUACUUGUGCUUCAAAUGUUAAUUUACAAAACACUACAAAUAUUCAAUUCACGAACUUACUUGAUGUAAAAGAAUAUAAUCACAAUUACUAACUAAUCAUAUCCUCAGUAACUGUCCGUAAAUACCAAACACUGUAACUCUACACUUGACUUACAUGAAUCAAUUUCUUCGCUGAGGAGCCGCAAUACAAAUUAAAUUAAUAAAUGCAACCAUACGCGUACAACAAACUUAGCAACAAAAAUAAUAACCAAGAAAUUAAUUUACUACACAAACAUAAAGGGUAAGAUUUGGUUUAUUUUAUUUUUAACUUUUGAUCUCAGUAUUAAUUUUAUUUCUUAAUUCAUUUCACUGCCAUGCUGAAAACUUAGAUGAAAUUGUCACCGUUGCGCUUGCUGAAUACUACAAUAAUGUGCUUACAUCCGUACAUUCGUAUUAGAUUAUACUCAAAAUUACCUUUAAAUUAUAUUAUUGUACGGACAAAAAUCACAUUUGAAUUAUUAGAAUUGUAAAUUGAUAGGUUUUAACAAAUUGAAAUUGAAAUAUGAUGCUGUGAUGUACUUUCAAUAAUUUAUUCGUUUGUGAAAUAUUAUUGGUAUAUUUGAAGUAAUUGGCCUAUGAAGUAAUAAUCAAACAAAUACGUUUUUAAUUUCACCAUUGAAUUGGGUUUGUAGACACAAUCACAAAAGCGAUAGUUAAAUCAUAUAAAACGCUUGUACCUGUUUUGUUUACACUUUUUACACAAUGUAAAAUGGGUCUAUGUUCUAAUGAAUAAUAUCAGUAAUCAUUUAUUAAACGAAGGUUUAGUUAUUAUGUAAACUGGAAAUAAUUUUAAGUAUUUCAUAACUUCAAAUCAUCUAAAAACGAAACACUCACAUCAUCAAUUUGAACUGAUAAACACUAAAGAAAUGGUAACAAAGGAAAUAUUUUUACAGUGUAAACACGUGAAUAUGAUUAAACUAUUCAAUAAAAUUAGUAUUCUAUUCAUAGAUUAAUAGCAAAAAAUAAAAUAAAUACAACAACUAUCUUAUAAUAUUAAAACUGUAACAAAUACUAGGAAUGAAUCGACGAUCGAAGUUGAAGUAAUAUUAAUGCAUAGAAAUUUCAAUGAGGGAUAGACAUAAGAAGAUCAAAAAAACGAGGGUGAAUUACCAAUACAAAACGGAAGAUUAAAAAUAAUUAAUGGAGCGGCAAAAAAAUAACAAUUGUAAAAAGAAAACACAAAAACAAUGUGUAAUAUUGUAAACAUUUAGUUAUGAAGUCCCUCCUCUUAAGUAACAGUUGUUGUACGGGGCGGGUUUCUCUCCAAUUUGUGAUAUUUAUCUAAAUGUGAUUACAGUGUAAUAGAUUUUUAGAUUGUUUCGAUUUGAAUACCUAUGAAAUAAGUUUUGUUGAUGUUUAACCAUAGACUUUUAGUGAGAUGUUUUAAUUUAAUUAAUCUUUCAAAUAAAAUAUUGUAGUUUGAUGCUAAUAAUAAUUUGAACGAAAACCACAA